UCGUAUUUUAUUUUAUUUUAUUGACUGAAUUUAAUACUAUAUCUAAUAAUUAAAAAAGGAAACAUCAAAAAAUGGAAGAAAUAAUCGAUAAGUUUAAUGUGCUUACUGCAAAACCUGUUAAAUAUUUAUCAGUUCAAGACGAUGUGAAAGACGAUGUUAAAAACUUGAUUAAAACUCUUUAUGACUUUACAAAGUCUGAAGAGGAGGGUAUUAAACAGAAAAAUAAGGCAUUGCCUCAUUUACUAGUCGAUGAUUUCGAUGAGGAGCAGAUAUGGCAGCAAGUGGAGCUUCAAAACUCCCAAUGUUGGGACCAACUUGUAUGGGAAGUUGCUAAUUGUGUGUCAAACAAAACAGAUCUGACAUUUCCUGUUGCUAUAGCUGAAAAAAAUAAACAAAAUGUCUCUAUGGACACUGAAGAGUUAAGCUCACAACCAAAAUCUAAAGUGACUAGAAGAUCCAAGGCAAAGAAGCAAAAAAAUGUACAAGAGAAGUCAAAAACUAAAGAGUCAAUUGUAGAUGAUGAUUUUUUUAAGCUAAAAGACAUGGAAAAGUUUUUAUUAAAAGAGGAAAGGGAUGAUGGUAAGAAAAAAGAUAGUGAUGAAGAGUCUAUUGAUUUCUUUGAUGACAUUGAUGAUGGAACAGAUGAUGAGGAUAAAGAAAAGGAUAUAAAAUACUCUGAUUUCUUCGAUGGUGAUGAAGAUGUUAAUGAUGAUGAUGAUGACAACAUUGAUGACAAUGAAAGGGAUGAUGAUGAAGAACUCUUAGAUGAAAUGUAUGAAAAUGAAUCAGAAACGGAAGAAAAGGAGUCGCCUAAAUCAGGCGACAAAAAGGUUAGGUUUGCUGAUCAACCAGAAUCAAGUAGUUCUGGUGAUGAAAGUGAAACAGAAAGUAAAACAAACGAAACAGACAAAUCAAUAAAUAAACUAGACACAGAAGAGAAGAAAUCAGAAUUUGAAAAACGUCAACAACGCUUGCAGCAACAAAUUUCGAAACUGGAAGAGAAAACUUUAAAAGAAGCUCCGUGGCAAUUGAAAGGAGAAGUUGAUGCGUCCAAACGACCACAAAAUUCAUUGCUCGAAGAGGUUGUUGACUUUGAUUUGACAACGAGACCUCCACCAAUCAUAACAGAACAAACAACAAUUACAUUGGAAGAGAUUAUUCAACGCAGAGUUAAAGAUAAAGCUUGGGAUGACGUUGAGAGAAAAGAAAAACCUGUGGAUGAUCAACUUGUGUUCCGUAAACCUGAAGUAUUGGAUCAUUCUAAAAGCAAAUUAAGUUUAGCUCAGGUUUACGAAGCUGAGUAUUUAAAGCAGAAACAUGGGGAACCUGAGAACGACGAGGAGAAUGAACCUCAGGAACAUAAGGAAUUGAGAGAGGCAAUGGACAAGUUGUUCUCUAAAUUAGAUGCAUUGUGUAAUUAUCAUUAUACUCCAAAGCCACCGCAAGCAGAAGUGAAAAUCAUUAGUAACACUCCGGCAAUUUCUAUGGAGGAAGUAGCACCAGUAGCAACAAGUGAUGCAGCUUUGUUAGCACCUGAAGAAGUAAAGAAGAAAAGUAAAGGAGAUUUAGUAAGUAAAGAUGAGAGAACACAAACAGAUAAAAAGAGGGAAAGAAGGAAGAAGAAGAAGUUACAACGUCUCAAGGGCAACGUAACAAAGGUGACAGAUAACAGAAACACAAAGAAGGGAGUCGAGACUAAUGAUAAGUCAAUUAAAACGUCCAAAGCCUUCUUCCAACAAUUAAAUGAUGAUUCCAAUAGUGUUAUUAAGUUAAAAGCUAAACGUAAGAAUAAAGGUCAAUAAAUAAUUUGU